AUGGGGGACUGGAACCUGCUAGGCAGCAUCCUUGAAGAAGUGCACAUCCACUCCACCAUAGUUGGCAAAAUCUGGCUCACAAUACUGUUCAUAUUCCGGAUGCUGGUGUUGGGAGUGGCUGCCGAAGAUGUCUGGGAUGAUGAACAGUCCGAGUUCAUCUGCAACACGGAGCAGCCUGGCUGCAGCAACAUCUGCUAUGACAAAGCUUUCCCCAUCUCUUUGAUCAGAUACUGGGUGCUGCAGAUCGUAUUUGUCUCUUCCCCCUCGCUAGUUUACAUGGGCCACGCGCUCUACAGACUGAGGGCUCUCGAGAAGGAGCGACAGAAGAGGAAAGCCCACCUGCGGGCUCAGCUAGAGGACCUGGAGCCCACACCCGAGGAGCACAGGAGGGUGGAGAGGGAGCUGCGUAAGCUGGAGGAGCAGAAGAAAGUGAAUAAGGCACCCCUGAGAGGGUCCCUGCUGCGCACCUACGUCCUACAUAUCCUGACCCGCUCGGUGGUUGAAGUGGGCUUUAUGAUAGGUCAGUAUCUCUUGUAUGGGUUUCACAUGUCCCCCCUUUACAAAUGCACUCGGCCCCCUUGCCCUAACACGGUGGAUUGUUUUGUGUCCCGACCCACAGAGAAGACCAUCUUUAUGGUUUUCAUGAACAGCAUCGCCGCGGUCUCCCUGUUCCUCAACAUCCUAGAAAUCGCCCACCUGGGCCUCAGGAAGAUCCACAAGA